AUUUGGGUACCCGUCCAUUUAAAGAACGAUCACUCCUGCCAUAAAUAUUUCAAAAUGGCCGACGUUCCAGAAAAUGCUCCAGAACAUUGUCCUGGUACAGAGAGUGAGGAUGCUGGCAAAGCAAGCGCAUGUCAAGGUUGUCCCAGUCAGUCUGUAUGCUCCAGUUUACCAAAGGGCCCUGACCCAGCAAUAGCAGAGGUUGGAGAAAAGUUAUCCUCUGUGAAACAUAAGAUUAUCAUACUGUCUGGGAAAGGAGGAGUUGGAAAAAGUACUUUUACAGCACAUUUAGCACAUGGCCUUGCUUCAGAUGAAGAAAAACAGGUGGCAGUGUUAGAUGUGGAUAUAUGUGGACCGUCAAUGCCAAAAAUAUUAGGUGUAGAAGGAGAACAGGUUCACAACAGUGGUUCAGGAUGGUCUCCUGUGUAUGUAAAUGACAACCUGGCAGUGAUGUCUGUAGGUUUUCUCCUGGCAAGUCCUGAUGAUGCAGUUAUAUGGAGAGGACCAAAGAAGAAUGGGUUAAUAAAGCAGUUUUUGAAGGAUGUAGAUUGGGGUGACGUGGAUUACUUAGUGAUUGACACGCCUCCUGGGACGUCAGAUGAACAUCUGUCUGUAGUUCAGUACCUCAGUCAAGCCAACGUAGAUGGCGCUGUUGUCAUCACCACACCCCAGGAAAUUUCCUUGUUAGAUGUUAGAAAGGAGAUCAGUUUCUGUCAGAAAGUUGACCUGCCUAUCAUUGGAAUUGUGGAAAAUAUGAGUGGAUUUGUCUGUCCCAAAUGUAAAACAGAGUCUCAGAUUUUCCCUCCAACAACAGGCGGUGGAGAGAAACUGUCCAAGGACACCAAUAUACCAUUUCUGGGACAUGUUCCCCUUGAUCCAAGGAUAGGAAAAUGCUGUGAUGAAGGAAAAUCCUACCUGAACGAGGUACCAGAUUCACCAGCCUCACAGGCCUUUGCAUCCAUUAUAGAUAAAAUUAAGGAACACUGUACCAAAUUGCGUCAAAGUAGACAAGCUGAAACUGGGGAAACAACAAGUCAUGCAAUGGAAACAUCCUGAUACUCUGUACAACAUAUCAUUUGACUGAUACUUUUGAUAUUACUUUGUACAGUACAUAUACUUCAGUGUUAUUUUAGUGCUCUGUUUUAAUACUAUGUAAUCACUGUCAAACUAAUUUUAGAUGCAUCAUGCUUUUGACAAACUUCUAUCUGGUGCAUAGUUGUGUAUUUGUUUGUUUUUGACUUUUUCUGCCAUGUCAUUACCCUCAGUUGUUUUUAAAGUUAAGAACUGGAUGAAAGAUAUAUCAGACCAAGGCAGGUCUUAAAAUACUGCUAACUUAUAAGUGAAUGUGUCAAAGACAUAAAAUUCUUCAGUUUACUUUGGAGCAUAGUAUACCAACGUAACCACACGAGUCCCUUUCAAAAUGUUUUGUAGUAAUGAAGAAUUUUAUUUUCCUGGAAUGUAUUUUAUAUCGCGUAGUUAUUCCAUUUAUUGCACAGGAAUUCUCAUAUAUAUAUAUCUGGUCUCUAGUUUAUUGGAGACUGAUGUAAAUUGCCGUCUCCUUUUCCACUAUUUAAAUAUUUCACAAGUUACAAUUUUUUCAAUUAAUGUUUCACUGCAGUAGGAAAUUGCAGGUCAAGAAAUCCAAUGUUAAGAGAUAAAUUAAUAAUGUUAAUGUGUUUCUGUGCUAUUAUUUAAUGUUUUUAGCUCACCUGUCACAUAGUGACAAGGUGAGCUUUUGUGAUCACCCUUCGUCCGUCGUCAACAAUUUCUUGUCUGAAAUCCUAGGAGUCUGUAUGUACACUUUUGCUAAUUUCAAGAGUCAAAAUCCCCGGUCCGGGUAGUUGUUUUAAAAAUAAAAAAUAAAAUUCUCUCUCCCCCCCCCCCCCACCCUCGCUCCCUUUUUGACCCAAAUUUGGGUGAUAAUCUAGGAAUUAAUUUAUUAUGGCCUAACUAAUGAAGAUACUGAUCUGAAUUUUCAUUUAUAUCAACAGAUUUAUUUGGCAGAUCCUUCUUUUGUUCACUUACAAUAAUUUUUUUUAAUUACUUUCCUUUUACGUUACUAUAAAUAGCUGAUAUUUAGUAACUUUUUUAUUAUUGGUUGUAGGGAAAAACCGAGACCACUUUUCUGUGGUACAACAUGGAUGGUACCUGCAAUUUUUAGAUGUAUUUUGACAUAUCUGUACCUUGUAAGAAUUUUUUUUCAUUUUGGUUAAAUUUCUUCCCUUUGUUGUUACUGUCCUUUGGACUUAGAUAUAGAGAAUAAUAGGUUAGUGCCGUAGAUGAGAAAGUUUAUCUGGCGAGGUGGAGGAGGUUAUCGGGUGAGCCGAAGGCGAACCUGAUAACGUCCGGAGCCGAGCCAGAUAAACUUUCUCCAUCUCAGGCACUAACCUAUUAUUCUAUUUAUCUUGUCAUUACUUCAUUUUCCGAUAUUUGGCAAUUUAUUUUACAAAAAUAAGUGUGCGACAACCGCUUUAAUGACGUCAUAUUCGUAAUGACGUCACUUAUAUAAUGACGUGAUUACCGGCAAAAUCGCAAUAACUUCUUCGUUUUUGAAUAAAAACUCAUUAUUUGACCACUCAUUUUCUUAGUUCGGACAUUUCCAACACAAUGAUGAUGGUUUCGUUGCAAAAUUUCUUAUGACAACAAUAUCGACCAUAAGGUCACAUGAUCAACUGACUGUAUAUCACUGGUCACAUGAUCAACUGACGGUAUAUCAAGAAAGAUAUACAGCACCCUGAUAUCGGGUCGAAAAUACUGCAAGUGACAGGAUAAAUUUUUUCUGAGGACCUUCUUGUCCUCAAGUGCAAUGAUAACAGGUGAGCGAUAUAGGGCCAUCAUGGCCCUCUUGUUAUUAUACACAGUGAUCUUGGAAUACAUGGUUUUUACUUUAAUAA